AGGGAAACCACCACCUGGCUUACACCUGGACGUAGUCAAAGGAGACAAACUCAUUGAGAAACUCAUCAUUGAUGAGAAGAAAUACUAUCUCUUUGGGAGAAAUCCUGAUCUGUGUGAUUUUACCAUUGACCACCAGUCUUGCUCUCGGGUCCAUGCUGCCUUGGUCUAUCACAAACAUCUCAAGAGGGUUUUCCUCAUAGAUCUGAACAGCACACAUGGCACGUUCUUGGGUCACAUCCGUUUGGAAGCUCACAAACCCCAACAGAUCCCCAUUGACUCCACGGUUUCCUUUGGAGCCUCCACCCGUGCGUACACCCUGCGAGAGAAGCCGCAGACGCUGCCCUCAGCCGUGAAAGGGGACGAGAAGAUGGGUGGUGAGGAUGAGGAGCUGAAGGGUUUGCUGGGGCUGCCAGAGGAGGAGACAGAACUGGACAAUCUGACAGAGUUUAAUACAGCCCACAACAAAAGGAUCUCCACACUGACCAUUGAGGAAGGGAACUUGGACAUCCAGAGGCCAAAGCGAAAACGGAAGAACUCCAGAGUGACGUUCAGUGAUGAUGAUGAGAUCAUCAAUCCAGAGGACGUGGACCCAUCUGUGGGGCGGUUCCGGAACAUGGUACAGACAGCAGUGGUCCCUGUUAAGAAGAAGCGCCUGGAGAAUGCGGGCUCGCUGACCACGGACGAGUCUGCGUCGCGGCGCAUGCAGAGCUUCCCCUACAGUGGAGGAUUGUACGGGGGGCUGCCCCCCACCCACAACGAGGCGGGGUCGCAGUCCCACAGCGUCCACGGCACCGCGCUCAUCGGGGGGCUGCCCAUGCCCUACCCCAACCUCGCCCCCGACGUGGACUUGACUCCAGUUGUGCCCUCCACAGUGAACAUGAACCCGGCUCCAAACCCUGCUGUCUUCAACCCUGAAGCUGUGAAUGAACCCAAGAAGAAGAAAUAUGCCAAGGAGGCCUGGCCGGGCAAGAAGCCGACCCCGUCCCUGCUGAUCUGAGCCGGGCUGAGGGAGGGUAGGAGUUACCAACUCCAGAAACUUUUCAUGUGCGGUAUCGUCUUUUUAAAAUUUCGGUGUCCUAACAGAUGUAAUACCAAGAAUGGAGGAGUGAAAUAUCCUUUAAAGAUCUGUCUUCAAAUGUUUUUAUAUGUCUGUUAAAAAAAAAAUACAGUUCCCAUCUCCUUUUGAACCAAAACCCCUACAGCCUUUUCUUAGCCACCACUGUCCCAGAGGUCUUUAUGCUGAGUUUGGAUCCGUAAGUCAAGGGGCAGUGACACAAUUUAAUUAUCACUUAUGGCAUGACCCUGCAGGUCCGUGUAUUUCAGUGCUGAGCUCUUUGUGGUGACACUGUUCCUGUUGGACAUGCUCACAGCAGGCAGCUCUGUCAAGAGGAAAUGUUUGUGGGGCCAAGUCUUGCAGAAUCCCAUUGGAAGGAGUUGUAAAACUUGCAGAAUAUAGGUCAGCUUUUAUUUUUUAUAUUUUCAAAACUCCACUAAUGUGGGACAUUCUCUUUUUUUAUUAUUAUUACUAUUUUUAGUUUGGCUACAGCUUCUUUUAAUUUCCUCAAAAAACACUAGAUCAUCCCACGAGUCAUGGGUUGAGAUGGAUGAGCAACAGGUGGGUUCCUUAGCUUUGUUCCAGCACUGCAGAAUGGGGUCUGUGGGAUGGAUACAGGCUGCAAACCGUUGGAGCAUCCGAGGAUCAGGCACUGACUGUGUGGUGACUCCCCUGGAUAACUCAGGGUGUAACACAGUGGAGUUUCUUUUAGACUUGGUGGCCCAUGUAACUUAAAUAGUUUCAUUUUUAUUUGCAAAUGGAACUUUAAAGUUUAGAUUGUAUGAGAUUGAACAAGACAGAGAGCUGGAAGGACUGGCACGUUCCACACACACAAAUAUUUUGGCUGCUGGGAACUGCAGGUGAGAAUUGAGUGCUGCAGAGAACCAGAAUAGGAAUUCUCAGUGGACUUGGGUUGUUGCUCAAGCCCUUUAAUUGCUUAGGUUUAAAUUUGAAAGUGAUUCACAUACUCAGACGUAUUGUGGCUGUACUUUACACAAGGUAAGGCCAGAGCUCUAUCAUUGUAUUUACUCUGGAUUUUUGUACACACUCUAAAGCAGUUCAGCCACAAGUCACAUUCCUUUAGUGUUUGGGGGAUCCAGGAAAUGUGCACCAAAAUGAGAGCAUGUACCUGGCUGUUCACUGUGUGCAGGACUGCAGCUACUUGGGGAACUAGUGCCAGGUUGCUGGAUCAGGGCUGUGUUCCAGUGAGCUGGGAUGGUGCUGGAUCAGGGCUGUGUUCCAGUGAGCUGGGAUGGUGCAGGAACAGGGCUGUGUUCCAGUGAGCUGGGAUGCUGGAUGGUGCAGGAUCAGGGCUGUGUUCCAGUGAGCUGGGAUGGUGCAGGAUCAGGGCUGUGUUCCAGUGAGCUGGGAUGCUGGAUCAGGGCUGUGUUCCAGUGGGCUGGGAUGCUGGAUGCACCUGACCCAUUUUCAGAUACCCCAAAGUCUCUGUGAGUUCUGUUCUGCAGUGAUUGCUUCUAUCAUGUCCCUGAGGUGCCAGCUGGCAGCCUGUUCUCUUCCCUCCCCACACCAUCACAUCCAGCUCAGAUUAUUAUUCCCUGUGUGGAUUUAGCACCUGCUCCAUGAUCCAGCUGUGCUGCUCUGUGUUUAAGUUGCCAUUGAUGAUUCAGCCAUUGGGCAUUUGUUCUGCUUCCCAGUGCUCCCACAAUGACUCAAAAUCUUCCUCUCUUUAGUCUGGCCUAUAGGAUUUUCAUUUCCCAGACAGUUGCUUUCUGAAGGCAACUCUUUAGGGUAAGACUAGUCAGGACAAACAAAAGUUGAGCAGGUUUCCUUAUUUUCCUUUCUGUUUUGGGGGUUUUUUUGUUUUGUUUUAUUUUGGGGGGAAGAGGGUUGGGUUUGGGGUUUUUUGGGAAUUUUUUUUUUUGCAAGUGGCUCUUUGCAAGAUUUUUCUUGACAAGGGAAACUUCACUGCUCGUUGUUUUUUAAAGCUCUUCUCCUCCCAGACUCUGAACCAGCUCUUAUUAUUUCAGAGCUUAGGGGCCACAGCUGGCCAGGAGGGGACAGGAACAUCAAGGGGCUUUGUACAGACAUUUGUACACUUGUGUAAUAUGUAACAGGCCUUUUCACACUUCUGUUGAGCUUUUUACCUGUAACCUUUACUAUGUUGUAAAUUAAAUGCAGUUUUUGCCAGG